CGCAAUGCCGGGACAGUCCACUACACAGGGGCUUAAGUGGGGUGGCAAUUAGGGAGUAUACCAGAUGACAUAACCGUCGCGCCCAAGGUGUAUUUACCGUUACUGCAGUGUGUUUGCGCAGUGUUGAUCUGUUUCGUGGACCCAGUCGGACUUUACAAGGAGACAGGUCGCCAACAUCUGCCAGUUCUUUGACAAACGGGUUUGUUUUCGAGAGGAUGAAGCACCUGGUAUACAUCAUCUUGGGAGUGCUGAGUUUGGUGAACGGAGCAAGACAUCGGCGGUUGCCGGCAUACCUCAGGAGAUACGCUGAAGGGCCCAACGUGUGUGUCGUCCAACAGGCCUAUGGGACUGGCGACAAGUACUUCACCAGCUGCUUCGGGGGCAAGGCCAUGAGGAUGAUAUGUGAGCGUCCCACGUUUGUAAAUUUCCAUUGCUGUUCCGGAUACCACAAGAUAAAGGGGGAGAAGGGCUGCACGGGGGUGAGUCCAGUCCAGGAUAUAGUGAAAACUGCCCGCAGUCUUGGACAGAUGGAGUUCAACAAGUACGCGAGACAGGCGGACCUCCUUGACCAGCUGUCCACAGGGGGAGCCUAUACCGUGUUUGUCCCCAACAACAGAGCGUUCCGAGAAGCACCGCCGGAUGUCAAGCAAAGUCUGGUACCAACGAACCCUGCCGACGAGUCGACGAUGCUGUACCACAUCGUGCCCGGCCGCAUCAACAUCGGCGACAUGCGUCGUGGGGACUAUGCUUACAAUACUCUGUACAAAGAUGAAAAACUCAGAGUCAUAAAGUAUGCCUUUGGGGUGACAACAGUGAACUGCGCCCGACUUGAGAGACCUGAUGAACUUGCCACCAAUGGGAUAGUCCAUGUUAUCGAUGGGGUGAUGAAGCCGCUAGAGACGGAGGGGACGUUGGCGGAGAAGAUUUUCAGCGACGACGACUACUCUCAGUUCCAGCUAGCGUUGUUCACGUCGGAGAUGGCGAACGACCUACGUCGACAGGACGUCGAGUACACCGUCCUUGCCCCCAACAACAAAGCCUUCGCCAAGCUCCCCAGUGAACUGUUGGACUCCAUUCUCACAGACACAGACACAGCUCAAAAGGUGCUGAAGAAGCAUAUCAUCAAGGGUGUCUACUGCAAGGACGCCGUCGUCAUCGCCAUGGGCGUCAAGUCGUUGGAUCAAUCCAUGAUGAUGAUGAAGUGUAAACGGGAUGGCGUCUAUUUCGACAAGGCUCGGGUCGUGGACGGCGACGUGUCAGCCAGCAACGGCGUGCUUCACGGCGUGGACGAGGUCCUCAUACCAGAGUCAGUGAAGGAGGUGGCUGAAGUUGCGAGGGAGAUGAGGCUGAACACGUUGAUGGAGCUGGCGAACCAGGCCAAGGUGACAGACCGACUGACGGGCAAGAAGGAGGUCACCCUGCUGGCACCCACAGACAGCGCCUUUAAAAAGUUGCCGCCGACGUACCUAGCGGCGUUGCGGACGCAGCCUCUAGCCAUGGAGAAGCUGAUGGACUACCACACCAUGAAAGGAAAGAUUACCUCCGACCAACUGGUGGGGGACCAGGACAUCAACACCAACCUGGGUCUGUCAGCCAAAAUCAAAGUCAGCAUCUACCGAGGGGGUGUGGCCAUCAACAACGCGAAGGUGCUGGACAAGGACAGGGUUUGUGGGAACGGGGUGAUACACAAGAUAGACACGGUGCUGAUGCCCCCGGAGGACACCCUCAUGGGCCAGGUGAUGGCUGAUCCGGAACUCAGUACCCUGCGGCAGGCUCUAGAGACGGCAGGGCUGAGUGAGCUAUUGUCCACCCCGGUCCAACUGACCCUGCUGGCCCCCACGAACAGAGCGUUCGACUCCAUGAGUCAGCGUAACCUGGACCGACUCCUCACCAACCCAGACCGUUUGAAGAAGUACCUGGAGAGACACAUCAUCAACCGCAUGGUAGUCAGGUGCGCCAUCCCCAAGAAACACUCUGUCUACACCAUCAAAUCCCGACAAGGAGACAAGAUCGACUUCUCGCGAGAUUCUCGGAAUGACAUAAUGAUCAAUAAGCGGAAAAGGGCGAAGCCGGUUGAGCAAAUGGCGACCAAUGGUGUCAUGUACAAAAUUGACGAUGUACUCAAGUGUUCGUGUGAACCAAGGAUAAGAUAGAUGUUUCCAAAUGGAAUAAUCUCAAACUAGCCGCAACGUCAGUGCCUUCCCAAACUACAUUGGUAGCAACAUGGUGUACGGUAACAAUGUGUGCUGAUGUGUUCCACAGGGAACGAGGCAUUCCAACCUUGACUGGUCAGAAUUCACAAAAUGGCCGCCGGCACGUGCUGAGGACAACCUACUGAAGAGAUGAUGCAAGGACGAUUUAAUAAACUGCUGGUGUUAAUAUUAUGAGAACGUAUGUAGGGCUGAGCAGUAAAUUCUUUUAGAAUUGUUCAUGUAUUAUUUUUCUAAUGUUUAAUAUAUGCACAUAACGGUACCGGAUUGAAAUGUAGAAAUUGUAAUAUAUAGCUUUAUAUUUUGUUAUUUUUCCAUUGAUGUCGUUUCGCGGAUGUUUACAAUUUGUUUCUAUGCAACGUUUUAUACUUGUUAUCAUAGCGCCAGUAGAAGUGUUGACGGAGAUGUUCUGAAUCUGAAGACGUGGGUGUGUGUACCGUCACGGUGACUGUACCACGUGACUCAGACUACUCUCUGACACAUUUAGUCACAUGUUCUGUGAAUAGUAUCUGUCGGCGAAUUCCAACCAGUAGCUGCUGGAUCAACUCUCUAUAGAGGUGAUAAAAUCAAGUACAAGCAAGUAAAACGUAGUUUCUGUUGGCGACAUAUUUCGCCUACAGCACUCUUGACGUCGGGCGAAGCGUGUGACGUCAGUACUUUCCAGGAUGCGCCGACAGAUGUCCAGAUGCAUUAUGAUAUCAUGUUUGGACAUGUUCACUUCACUGCAAGAAGUCUGUGAUACCUUAUCUGCCUUUGUUGAUGCGUGAAUGAUCAACAAUAUCUGUUUCAUUUGAUUGUAGGUUUCUAUUUAAGGCAUUUUGUUCUAUAAAUAAAAGUUUAGCUCACCAA